ACUUACCUAUGAUGAUGUGCAUGUGAACUUCACUAAGGAAGAGUGGUCAUUGCUGGAUGCUUCUCAGAAGAGUCUCUACCAAGGUGUGAUGCUGGAGUCCCUUAGGAAUCUCACAGAUAUAGGCUACAUUUUGGAAGAUCAUUCUACUGAAGAAUAUUUUAAAAGUUCUGGAAGACAUGCAAGACAUAAAAGAACACAUACAGGAGAGAAACCCUAUGAAUGUAACCAAUGUGGCAAAGCCUUUGCAGGAAGCAGUCAUCUCCAAAGCCAUAUAAGAAUUCAUACAGGAGAGAAACCCUACGAAUGUAACCAAUGUGGCAAAGCCUUUGCCCAAAGCAGCAAUCUCCAAAUUCAUAAAAGAACACACACUGGAGAGAAACCCUAUGAAUGUAACCAAUGUGGCCAAACCUUUGCAUACAGCAGUAGUUUCCAACAACAUAAAAGAAGACACACAGGAGAGAAACCCUAUGAAUGUAACGAAUGUGGCAUAGCCUUUGCACGAAGAAAUACUCUCCAAAUACAUAUAAGAACUCAUACAGGAGAGAAACCCUAUGAAUGUAACCAAUGUUGUAAAGCCUUUGCAUACAACAGUACUCUCCAACAACAUAAAAGAACUCACACAGGAGAGAAACCCUAUGAAAGUAAUCAAUGUUGUAAAGCCUUUGCAGGAAGCAGUCAUCUCCAAAGCCAUAUAAGAACACAUACAGGAGAGAAACCCUAUGAAUGUAACCAAUGUGGCAAAGCCUUUGCAGAAAGCAGUUAUCUCCAAAGACAUAAAAGAACACAUACAGGAGAGAAACCCUAUAAAUGUGAUCAAUGUGUUAAAGCCUUUGCACAAAUUGGUGAUCUCCAAAUACAUAAAAGAACACAUACAGGAGAGAAACCCUAUGAAUGUAACCAAUGUGGUAAAGCCUUUGGACAAGUUGCUCUCCAAACACAUAAAAGAACACAUACAGGAGAGAAACCCUAUGAAUGUAACCAAUGUGGUAAAGGCUUUGCACAAAAUAGUCAUCUGCAAACCCAUAAAAGAAUGCACACAGGAGAGAAACCCUAUGAAUGUAUCCAUUGUGGAAAAGCCUUUGCACAAAGCAGUCAUCUCCAAAAGCAUAAAAGAACGCACACAGGAGAGAAACCGUAUAAAUGCAAUCAAUGUGGUAAAGCCUUUGCAGUCACAUGGUCUCUUCAAGAACAUAAACAAACACAUACAGGAGAGAAACCUUUUGAAUGUAAGCAGUGUGGUAAAUCCUUUGCAGGAAGGAGUAAUCUCCGAGCACACGAAAGAACACACUUAAGAGGAAAAGCCCUGUGAAUGUAACCAGUGUGGUUAAACUUUUUAAAAAAUCAGUGGUCUUCGCAUACAUAACA